AUGGCUUCUCACGCUAGCGCUCCGCAGAUUACGGUCCUGGGCUCUCUCAACAUGGAUCUCGUUUCCUACGUCCCACACCAUCCCCUACCUGGUGAGACGCUCACUUCUACCCAUUUCAACACUUCGCCUGGCGGUAAAGGCGCCAACCAGGCUGUCGCAUGCGGCAAGUUAUCCCGGGAUUCUGACCUGUCAAACCCUUCGGCCAACGUCUCCAUGGUGGGCGCCGUGGGUGCGGAUCCUUAUGGUACCCUCCUGCUUGACAGUCUUCGCUCUUUUGGCGUUGCUGUUGAUGCAGUUUCCGUGCGCCAGGACCAGAAGUCUGGAAUUGCUAUCAUUAUUGUCGAUGAGCCCUCUGGUCAGAACCGUAUUAUUGUGUCUCCUGAGGCCAACCAUGCUCUUCAACCUGCCGACUUCGAGACUCUUCCGGGGCCCCGCCCUGACCUCCUCAUCAUGCAGCUCGAAAUUCCUUUCGAUACUGUCAUGCAGGCUUUGAAGGUCGCUAAGAGGGAUGGCGUGCCCGUUCUUCUUAACCCAGCCCCGGCUCAGCCCUUGCCUAUGGAUGCUUACGAUGGGCUAGCCCAUCUUGUGGUUAAUGAGACCGAGGCGGCGAUUCUUGCAGAGUGUGCUGAAUCUGAACUCGAUGACCUUGACGGUUUGAACCGUGUUGGUAAGGUCUUCAUCGAUCGCGGAGUCCACAAUGUCAUCAUCACUCUGGGAGGUCGCGGCGUCUACUUCGUCAACAAGCAAGGCCAGAGCGCAUUGCUUCCUGCCACUAAGACGUCUGUAGUGGACACUACAGCCGCCGGAGACACCUUUGUUGGUUCUUACUCCCUGGCGGCUGUAGCCGCCCGAGGUGGCCAGUUUGAUAUCGAAGCCGCCGUCGCCACGGCUAAUCGAGCAGCUGCCUUGACUGUUGCGCGCAAGGGCGCCCAGAUCUCUAUUCCGUGGAAGGACGAACUAUAG